AUGGCUCCCACCAAGCGUUCCGUUGCAUGUAAGCGUUGCUUGAAUCAAAUGGCGACAUGGGACUUGCGGGGCACAGCCCCCAAGUGCGAGGACGAUAGUUCGGCGUCUGCGAAAUGUGUCCACUGCAAAAAUUUGAAAAAGGAAUGCAUUUUUGUUGUGUCUACCCUCAGAGCCAGAGGGAUUGAAUUGCAGAAGGCCAUCGCGAAGAAGCGCGCCCACCGCAUGGAUUGGGCUUUGAGGAACUGCUACCCAAAACAUCCUGUCGACAACGAACUCGGGUCGGACGCCCCAGACACCGUGCGAUACGGAAGUGUUAUGAACUUAUGCCGAAUGAAUGGCGUGCUCUUGAUCGCCACUACAACACACCUGACAAUCGGCGCUGCGCCGCUACCUAGGAGAAUGCUUCAACAUAGUAGUGGAGGUGAUCCCGUUUCCUACAAAGGAGAGAUCGGAGAAUUCAGUGACACUCUUGAUCUAGCACACUUCGCCAUGUUUAGUAUCUCUAGAGCCGCGGAUUAUGCUCGUUCACGCCAGUUUGCUAUGGUCCAUCUGGACUAUAGCAAUAGAAGUUUCCAACUUCGUCUGUUCCCGGAUUACAAGGCUACGAUCCCGAACAUCUACAUAGAUGUACACGCUCGUCACCAGAUAUAUGAUGAAAUAGCCGGAUCUAGAUCAGUUUAG